AUGGAGGAAAUUGAAGUCGAAUGGGAGCGAUUAAGACUGAAUGAUGAGGAGAGCAUUCCGAUAACUGUGAAUUUGGAAAAUAUGGAGGAAUUACGGAGAAAGGGGGAAAGGAGCUUAGUUGGAAAAAUAUGCUCAGAUCGAACGAUCAGCAAGGAAACUGUGAGGAAGAUGAUGGAGAAGAUCUGGCGAGUAAACAUGAGUAUGGAAUUUACUGAGAUUGGAACAAAUACUUUUGUGGUGACCUUUGCAAACCGUGGAGAUAGAAACAGAGUUCUUGCGGGAUGCCCAUGGCUAUUUGACAGUCAUCUGUUUGCCCUUAAAUCGUUUGAUGGAAGUACGCAGGCUCACCUUUUGGAUUUCACAAUGGCAACCUUUUGGAUCCAGAUGUACAACCUGCCGCUUGGAGGAAUGAAUUGCAAGAUGGGGGAAUUGAUUGGUAAAUCCAUUGGGAAGGUUCUAGAAGUGGAAGGUGAGGAGAAUGAGGUGGCUUGGGGUCGCUUUCUGAGGGUGAAGGUGGAGUGCGAGCUUACAAAACCUUUAGCCCGAGGAAGAACAGUGAGUUUUGAAGGAAAGUAG